AUGGGGUACUAUAAUGUGUCCAUUGGCAAGAUGCUUUCAAAACUAGUAGUUCUGUUGUUGUUUCAUCUUGUGGUUAUUGCUUACUCUUUGAACUCUUUGCAGCAGCAGCAGCCAUCAUGCCAUGAUGAGGAAAGCUCUGCUUUGCUGCAAUUCAAGCAAAGCAUUUUUCUGGAUGCAUCUGCUUCGCUUUACGCUGGUGCUUAUCCAAAGCUUUUAUCAUGGAAACCAGCUAAAGGAACUAAUAGCAGCUGCUGCUCAUGGGACGGCGUCGAAUGUGAUGUGCAGACGGGUCAUGUGAUUGGCCUUGAGCUUAGUAGCAGUUUUCUCUACGGCUCCAUCAACUCUAACAGCAGUCUCUUCCGUCUUGUUCACCUUCGGAGACUAAACCUUGCUGAUAAUCACUUCAACUACUCUCAAGUUCCUAGUAGCAUUAGGAAUUUUCCAAGGCUCACUUAUCUCAACCUCUCCGCCUCUGUCUUUUCUGGUCAAGUCCCAUCUGAAGUUUCACACUUGUCCAAGUUGUCAUCCCUUGAUCUGUCUCUCAAUCUUGAUAGAUUUUCCGGUCAAGGAUUGUUGGAACUCCAUCCAUCCAAUAUGAGAAGUCUAGUUCAAAACUUAACUAGCCUGGAAAAGCUUCAUCUCAGUUUCGUUAACAUUUUUUCGACAGUUCCCAAUUCCAUGGCAAAUUUAUCAUCCUUGACAUCUCUCCUCCUAAGAGAUAGUGGGAUGUUUGGCGAAUUCCCGGUAAGAAUUUUCAGUUUACCAAACUUAAAAACUCUUAGUGUGAGAUACAACCCUGAUCUUACUGGUUAUUUGCCUGAAUUUAAUCAAACUAGUCCUCUCACGUCACUUUUACUUGCCAGCACUAGUUUUUCUGGACACCUGCCUUCUUCGAUAGAAAAGCUCGGUUCAUUAAACGAGCUAGAUGUGAGUAGAUGCAAAUUCAAUGGUCCAAUCCCUGCUUCAUUGGCAAACCUUACCCAUCUCAGAUAUCUGUCACUUUCUCAUAAUAACUUUAGUGGCGGUUCCUUGUCUUGGGUUGGUAAACAAACCAAACUCACUCUCCUGGAGCUUGGAAAUAUGAGUUUAACUGGUUCCAUUCCGUCUUCCCUUGGAAACCUCACCGAACUCAGUUUUCUUAGUCUUCCUUAUAAUCAAUUAGUUGGUCCAAUCCCAUCAUGGCUAGGCAACCUCAGCAGACUAACUGAGAUAGAGCUUACUUUCAAUAAAUUGAACGGUUCGGUUCCUGAGUCACUAUCCAAUCUGGUUGAUCUCAAUCUCCUUUAUCUACAAGGAAACAGUCUAAGUGGUAGACUGGAGUUCCACAUGUUUCUUAAGUUACAAAAUCUCACCCGCCUCCAGCUAUCUAACAACAAAUUGGAGCUGCUCACUGAAUCCAGAUUCAUUAGUAAUCAAACUGUUCCGACGUUUAGGAUUCUAGGAUUGGCAGCCUGCAACAUAACAGAGUUUCCACAUUUCUUAAGAUAUCAACAAAGUUUGGAGUGGUUGGACCUUUCUCAAAACAGAUUGCAUGGCCAAGUACCCAAAUGGAUGUGGAACACAAGCACGGAAACUUUGCAGGUCAUCUCGAUUUCUGAUAACUUUCUUUCAGGCUUUGAACAGCCUCCAGUUGUCCUUCCUUGGGUUAACUUACUAGCGUUUGAUCUUGGUUCUAACAUGCUACUUGGACCACUACCAGUACCUCCACCAUCGAUCACAUUCUAUGAUGUUUCAGGGAACAAAUUAACUGGAGAAAUUCCACCAUUGUUCUGUAGUUUGAGCUCUCCGAAGGUCCUGGAUUUGUCAACUAACAGAUUGAGUGGCAUACUUCCGCAGUGUCUCGGAAACUUUAGUGAUCUGAAGAUUUUAAAUCUUGGAAACAACUCCUUUGAGGGUAUUCUUCCUCAAACAUACACCAACUUAAGCAAUCUGAGGAUGAUUGAUGUUGGACAGAACAAAUUGCAGGGGAAAUUACCAAGGUCACUGGUGAACUGUGUGAUGCUUGAGUUUCUUGUUUUGUCAAACAAUCAAUUCAAUGAUGUUUUUCCCUUCUGGUUGGGAACUCUUCCAAAGUUAAAACUUUUGGCAAUGAGCCGUAAUGGGUUCUAUGGUAGCAUACGAAACCAAGAAAAGAAUAUCGGCUUCCCAGAGUUGCGGAUUCUAGAUUUGUCUCUCAACAAUUUCACAGGCGAGUUUCCAUCUGCAUACCUCUUUUCUGGGAUUUCCCUGAGAGGCAUCACUCUAAACCAGCCUGCAUAUAUGAAGGUAAACUCGAAUUAUGAUUCGGGGAGUUCAAUGUUGUACAAUUAUCAUUUCUCAAUCAUGAUAACAAAUAAAGGUGUGGAAAGAUACUAUAAGUUCAUUCAAGAAGACUUUGCUGCUGUUGAUCUCUCAAGCAACAAAUUUGAAGGGAAGAUUCCUGAGUUCAUUGGGAACUUAAAGGGGCUCCGCUUGCUCAAUGUUUCCAAUAACAUUCUCUCUGGUGGUAUCCCAACAUUCUUGGCCAACUUAACCCUGCUUGAAUCACUGGACCUGUCACAGAACCAGCUCUCAGGAGAGAUCCCUCCACAACUGAAUCAACUUACAUUUCUAUCAGGAUUCGACGUCUCUCACAACAGUCUCACAGGUCCCAUACCGAGUGGAGGCCAACUUUCUACAUUCGUCAUCGCUUCAUAUGAGGGAAACCUGGGAUUAUGUGGAUAUCCAUUGCCAAAUACAUGUGGAAAUUCUCAACUGCUGCCACCCUCUUCAAAUGAACACGAAAAUGAGUUAGGCUUUGAACUUGAUUGGAAAUUUGGUUUGGCAGGACUUGGAAGUGGUUUGCUAGUUGGAGUGGUUCUUUCAGAUGUAGUAAUCACAAGAUGGCCUGAGUUGUUUAUUGAGAUUGUUGGAAUGAUCACACUAACCAUGAAAAGGAGAAGAAGGCCCAGAAGGGAGAAUGGGGGAUACAGAAACUGA